AUGGUCCUUGGACAAACACGAAAAAGUGGUCCUGCAGCCGUCAUGCAAUCUGCCGCGACCUCCAAUGAAAGAGAUAAAGGCCUCGUCAGGGACGAUGAAGCUAACGUAGCAGGAGAUGAGGGCGCCUCCGUUAUUAAGUCCGACGCGGAUGGCGAAGUUUGGAUCAUAGAAGCCGUUGAAGGACAGGUCAAUUAUUGGAUCUUUACUUCUUAUGUACAUUGUGAAAGUCGAGUUGUCGGACGAUACAUCCAACCAGAAGUUUCAGCGGUCACUACUCCAGCAACAUUGCUUGCUCUUGAUCCAAUUACAGUUGGAGAGGCUUUAGAAACGGCAUCCUUCUCUGCUGCUGAUAGACCAAUUGACCGGAGCGAUGCGGCCGCAAUUCAAGCUGCUGAAGUGAGAGCUACUCGCAGUAACGAGGUAAUGCCUGGCGAUAUCGCCUCCGAAGCCCAGUCUUUAGCCACUCGUAAUUCUCAAACCUUGAGGUUUGAAGAUCAAGCCACCCUCUCGGACAUUUUAUCAGAUGCUACUUUGAUGUUGCCAAGGGAUAAGGCAGUGACUCCUGAAGAUGCUGACAAGGUGGUAGCUGCGAAGGUGAGAAAUAAUCCUAACAUGACUACCACGCCUGGUGGAGUGGGUGCUGCCAUGGCUGCAGCAGCUUGGCGUAGUCAAAAUUCAACAAUUUAAAUCUUUGGAUCAUACUACUUAUUUCACUUUUUUUU